UUGUAGCUUAGAUGGCUCAAAGCAAACAUGGUGGGAGAAAAUUAGGGCAAUCCAACAAGAUGACGGCACUCGUCGUGGACGACAACAUGAUCAACCGAACGAUUCAUCAUCGACUUUUGGACAAUCUGGGGGUCGAAAAUGAAGUUGUCAGCAACGGGAAAGAAGCCGUCGAUAUCCACUAUUCCGGGAAGAUGUUCGACCUUAUUUUGAUGGACAUGGAUAUGCCUAUCAUGAAUGGCAUUGAGGCUACGAAGAAACUUCGUGAAAUGGGAAUUCGGAGCGUGAUUGCGGGCGUAUCGUCACGAGCAAUGGAAGAAGAAAUACGAGAAUUUAUGGAAGCUGGUUUAGAUGAUUACCAAGAGAAGCCAUUGACAAUGUCUAAGCUUGUUUCUAUUAUCCAUAAGAUCAACGGGUAG